UCCUCAGCAGCGACUGAUCACACAGGACGGAAAUGUAAAAGUAAGAUGUUGAGUGCAUCAAGUCCAGCCCUGAAGAUCCUCAGUGAGGAGGACGGCUCUGGAUCUGAUGCAGGGUCAGAGGUCAGUCUGGAGCCUGAGACCGACCGCUUUGGAUUUAUUCUGACCAAUGGAUCCACUGCUGGGAGUGCGGGCCCACCACCCGAGUUGGUCAGGCACAGGGAGAACAAGUGGAUCAGCAUCAUUCUCCAAUGGGAUCGUAUGAUGUUCAAGAAGACCAGUAAGGUCAAAGAACAGUGUCAAAAAGGCAUCCCUGCCUCCCUGAGGGCAAAGUGUUGGCCUCUGCUGAGUGCAGCCACUGACAGGAUGAAACAAAAUGAAAAACUCUACGAGUUUCUGGACUCGCAGCCCGCUCUGCAGAGCUGGGUGGAUGUGAUUGAAAGAGACCUGGGCCGACAGUUCCCCUUCCACGAAAUGUUCCUCUGCAAAGAUGGACACGGGCAGCGUGGUUUGUUCCGGGUGUUAAAAGCCUUCACUCAGUACCAACCAGAGGAGGGUUACUGCCAGGCACAGGGGCCUGUAGCUGCAGUGCUGCUGAUGAACAUGCCUGCUGAGGAGGCCUUCUGGUGUUUGGUGCAGAUCAGUGAGCAGUACCUGCCUGGAUAUUACAGCCCCCUGCUGGAGGGCGUCCUGUUUGAUGCCGGCAUGCUGACCUGGGUCUUAAAACGGACGUCUCCAGCUGCUCAUAAACACCUGCAGCGCCACGAAGUGGAGCCCCUCAUGUUCGCCACUGAUUGGCUAAUGUGUCUGUUCACACGCCACCUGCCAUUCAACACUCUGCUACGAGUCUGGGACCUGUUUUUCUGCUAUGGGGUGCGGGUGCUGCUCCAGGUGGCCGUGGUGCUGGUUCGUCGUGUGCUGGGUCGUGCCGAGCAGAGGAAGCAGUGUCAGGGUCAAAUGGAGACUCUGGAGAGGCUGAGGGGCGUCAGGGAGCAGGUCCAAGAUGAAGAUGAUGCCUUCAUAGCAGAGGUGUGCUCGGUGCAGCUGUCGGCCAGAGAUCUGGAGAAACAAACAGAGAAGGAGCUGGAAAAGUGGCGAAAAGACAGACCGUCGUCCACUUUUGACCCCAGAGGUCGCUGUCAGGGAUACCGGAUGGCGUGGGCGAGGGCUCGGCAGUACCAGGAAGAUUGGGAUAGUAAAGAGAGACAGAAAGGCAACCUGUCUGUCCCUCUCUCUCGCUCGGCCUCUACUCUGUCGCUGUCCCCUUCGUUCCGUCACCAGAAUUUAUGGAAAGGGGAAAUAGUUAACACAGGUGAACGGACAGGCGGAGGUAAAGUUGUGAGGCAUCUUUCAUUGGGAGCAAAGGAGGACUUGAGAAGCCGGAGUGAUUUCAAUUUUAAGAAGGUGCAGGGCGUUCAGGAGGAGGAGGAUGCGGACGAAUGUAAAGAACAGAGUGAGGCGAAACUAACAGGAGGAAGUUAUGAGAAAGAACGUUUAGAAGAACCAAAUAAGAUGGCUGAAAUCCAAAAUAUAAUGACAGAGCACACAGAAGAAACAGUAAAGAAAGAUAAUGACCGAGCUGAAACAGUGAGAACAGAAACGGAGGAAAGUAACCCAGAAGAGACAAAGGAUGACAGAAUGGACAGAGAAAAAACAGAUGUGGGGAUCGAACCAAAACAAAGUCCAGCCAAAGACCAGACUGUCGAAAAUAUUCUUCAGCUCACCGAACAUACCUCUCACUAUAUACAGGAAGAGGAGCUGAGCUCUCAUAGCCAAUCACAGAGUCACAAAGGCCAAGACCAGGAAACUGAGGUCAAAGAUGUGACGGAAGAGACAGAAGAAGAGGUUUCAGAAAGUGAGCAUUCAGCUGUGGAAGAAAAGAGUGAGACACAGAAAGUUAUUGCAGACGCAUUCACACACAAGGAAAUGGAAGUAAAUGUAGACAACAAUGAGGAACAGAUGAUUCAGUUUGACAUGAAACUAGAGGAGGAGACAGAAAGUAAAAAUGAUGAACAGCUGCAGGUGGAUACGGUCACCGAAGUCUCCAAAACAAGAACUGAGAUAAUCCCAGGCUCCGAGACAGAUGAAGAGGAAACUUUUGCAGGCACAAAUCUAACAACAGAGACAGAGACAAGGGAGGAAGUGAUCACAGAGGCAGACGAACGCUCACAGGUUGAUGCAUUUGAAGUAAAAUCCCACAAUACUGAGCCAGUGAAAGGAAAAGAAAUCAAGGAGCUCGACCCACAAACAGAGAAAGAAAGUGAGGAAAAG